CGCAAAAGGGGCUCAGACUCAACGGUGUGUUCUAACAGGAAGACUGAUUUCUAUCUCAAGUACUGUGCCUAAAAGCUCUGGAAAAUGUGUAAGGGAUUAGCUGCCUUACCUCAAACCUGCCUUGUAAGGGCAAAGGAGAUCAAGACAAAGUUGGGUGUUUUACUGCAGAAGCCAGAAAAUGCCAUCGACCUCAUCAUUCCUUACCCGGAGAAGCCGGAGAAGAAGCCGGAUAAGCUGCAGAAGCCUACUCCGGAGGAGGCUGCUUUCUGGCGGGAGAGUCUGGAACGAGUCCUCAACAGCAGCUAUGGCCAGGCUGCUUUCCGAAGCUUCCUGCAGUCGGAGUUCAGCGAUGAGAACAUCGAGUUCUGGAUGGCCUGCGAGGACUUUAAAAAGACCAAGGACCCAGUGAAACUGUCGGCCAAGGCCAAGAAGAUCUAUGAGGACUACAUCCAGUCGGAGGGACCGAGAGAGGUGAACAUUGACCACUUCACAAAGGAUGUGACCCUGAGGAACCUGGUGGACCUCUCCCACGGGACCUUUGACUUGGCCCAGAAGAGGAUCUUCGCCCUGAUGGAGAAGGACUCCUUCGGCCGUUUCCUGCGGUCCGAUCAGUACCAAGAGCUCCUGGUCAACUAAAGCCUGAGCGGGAGCCUGAGAGACUGGGGUGGGGAGGCAGUGAGGUUUCAAACAGCAGGACAAAUAUUGGGACCAAAACUUUAAAAAAAAAAAAAGUAUUUCAAAUAAACAACCAUUGUGUACGAGCACACAAGAGCUGGCCUUUUUUUAACAAAAAAUAAUUACAAAAAAAGUUAUGUUUUGAAGCAAAGGACUGCCUUUUGAAAUAGCCCCACCUCCCCAUCUCUGCCACAUAAACGUCUUUCUGUAGUUGUGAGGACACUCAGACACAAUCUCAACUCAGUGUGAGACAUCAACCCUUAGUCUAAUCCUAACUUCAAGUUUCUAAUCUCCUCACAACUGUAGAAAGACACACACACACACACACACACGCUCACUCCAAAAUUACAACAGACAACAAUUAGUAACACAAGUC